GCUCAAAUAACUUCGGCGCGAUAGACUUGUAAUUCCUGUCGCGACCAGUGUUACUCUUUACUACUGUGUAUGAGUACAAUAAGGUGCCUAUAUUAAAGCUGCAUAAGAAUUCUACUUUAGGUCGGUUGCAAGUGAUCACCACUAGUGAUUUACUGUAUGUUAAUUGCGGGCCUAUCGCCGGCUAACUGUUAAUAACUGAGUGGACAAGUGUUUUUGCGAAUAAUUACCUAAUACAUUUAUUUCAACACGCAAUAACUAAAACAAUUACCAUUGUGUGAGGAUAUAGAUUUUAUAUCUGUUGUCAACUGAGGAAUAACACGGACAACUCGCCCAAUGUUGAACUAAAAAAACAUCCGAUUUUGUGACACUGUUGAUUUGUAUGUAGAUGUAGUAUCCCUGAAUGGGAAAUUUCAUUAAAAAUCUGUCGUGACAUCAUCGUUCACCAAUUGUCGUUGCAUAGGCGGAUCAAAAUAUGCCGCCCCUCAAGGUGUUGUGUUUUGCGCUUAUGCAGUUAACAAGUACAAUGGUGCUGUGUUAAAAGAUAAUUUUUAAAAAAGUUCCAGCUGUUUCUUAGCAGAGAAAUCGCAUUGAAAAAAAUAGUGUUAAAUUUUUGUUACCAACGGAAUGUACAGAAUAACUAUUUGCAUAAAAUCAUUCAGAUAGUUAACCUCACUGAACUCACAACACAGCACCUUCUCUGGUAUCAUAAUUGAUGCUUGAACGGUCUGAUAACAGCCUAUUAUAAAGUAGGAGAGGCUGCGGUGAGCUACAGAGAUUUUUUAGUGAAGCUUUGUUUUCAACGCGCAGCUAACCGACUAGUGCGACUGCUUUUAGACUAAAGCCCAACUAUUGUGACGACUGUUCUAAUAUGGGUAAUAACGUAACCAGUUGCUGUAGCUGUUCGUGCUGUGGAUCCAAUCGAUACUGUAAGAAGCAUUGCCCGGCGGACUCUGCGUCAGACGAUUCAGACAAGAGCGUUCACGAUCGGUUGCUCGAGAGAAGAAACCCUUUGGCUGUUCCGGUUCUGGAGAUGAAAAAUAGGGACGAAGCAGACUCCCCUUCAGCUGAUGUCCUCACCGUGAAAGCGGUAGAUUUGUGUAUCGAAGAAAAUGGCAAACUACAUCACACGAAACGGUUCGAGCUGAUGAACCGAGAUAGUGGCGGUGGAUUACCAGCCAGGCUAGUAGUUCGAAGAGGUCAGCUGUUUCGUCUUCGAUUGAUGUGCGAUCGACCGUUCGAUCGGAGCCGUGAUGCUAUGAGUCUGAUUUUCAGUGUAGGCGACGAGGAACGGCCAACACACGGACACGGCACACUAGUGGGUGUGGCAUUGCAACAGUAUCUUCACAUGAUCGAGAAUCCGCUGGAAUGGGGAGCCGCGAUCGACUUCGUGAGCGGUGAUGUGCUGGAGAUUUUAGUUAAAGCAGCCGCUACUGCACCGGUUACCAAGUGGAAGUUGGAUAUCGAUACGAAACUUUUGGCCGAAGGAUACGGCAAAAGUUAUUCACUGCUUCUACCGUUCUACUUACUCUUCAAUCCAUGGUGUGAGGAUGAUCAGGUUUAUUUAGACGACAAGGCCCUUCGCGAUGAAUGUGUUAAAAAUGAUACGACGCUCAUCUGGAGAGGUUCCUACAAUCGUUUACGACCAUCGGUUUGGAAGUUUGGUCAGUUCGAAAGGCACAUUCUCGAAUGUUCGCUACUGUUAAUUUCCAAAGUCGGCAAAGUAUCUGCUACCCAUCGGGGUGAUCCUAUACGCGUAAGUAGAGCAAUAUCCGCGGCCGUAAAUUCACCAGAUGAUGACGGUGUUCUGCUCGGCAACUGGGGUGUUGAUUUUUCCGGUGGAACAGCCCCAACGAAGUGGGUUGGAUCAGUGGAAAUAAUGCAGCAGUUUUAUAAGAAGCGAAAACCGGUAAAGUUCGGACAAUGUUGGGUAUUUUCAGGGGUUGUUUCAACUAUUGCGAGAGCUAUCGGAAUUCCUUCGCGUGUGGUAACAACCUAUUCAUGUGCUCAUGACACGCAAAGUUCUCUAACCGUUGACUACUUUGUCGAUGAAAACGGCAAAGUUAUGGAGGAGUUGAAUUCGGACUCGAUCUGGAACUAUCACGUAUGGAACGAAGUUUGGAUGAAACGGCCUGACCUGGGAGUGAGUUCGGAUGGAGACUAUGGCGGCUGGCAGGCGAUCGAUGCAACUCCCCAGGAAAUGUCCGAUGGGAUGUUCCACUGUGGACCGGCAUCCGUUUUAGCUGUAAAGCUUGGAGAAGUUGCGAAACCUUAUGAUAACAACUUUUUGUUUGCUGAAGUAAAUGCGGAUAAAGUGUUUUGGCGUUAUACAGGUCCGGCGCAUCCUUUAAAACUGCUCCGCAAGGACGUGUUAGGGAUUGGUCACUUUAUUAGCACGAAAGCCGUUGGAAAGUGGGAACGGGAGGACAUCACGAGCAGCUACAAAUUUGCCGAAAAAUCUCAGGAAGAGAGAGAUACCAUGUUGAAGGCACUGAAGCAAGCGAACAGUGCUUUUAGCAGGUAUUAUUUGAAUGAGGAUUUCAAUGAAAUUUACUUCAACUUCGAGCUUCGGGAUGACAUCAAAAUUGGUGAAUCGUUUUCAGUGAUUCUUCAAAUUAAAAACCGCUCAUCGGAACGGACACAUACAGUUAAUGGCUCCCUCAAUGUUGACACCGUACUUUACACAGGAAAAUAUCGUGAAAUGGUGAAGGUGGAACCGUUUAGUGUUGUUCUCGAUCCAAGCUCCGAAGAUUCCAUUCUAAUGGAUGUAACGUUCGAUGAGUAUUACGGAAAGCUGCGUGAUCAAGCGGCAUUCAAUAUCUCCUGUUUGGCAACUGUCGAGGACACCGAGUAUGAAUUUUUCGCUCAGGACGAUUUUCGUGUUCGAAAACCCGAUAUCAAAAUCAAGUUAUCGGAUGAAGCGGUUUCACAUAACCCCGUAGAAGUGACGAUUUCGUUACUGAAUCCACUGCCAAUUGCACUUCGGAAGGGAAUUUUCCACGUGGAAGGAUCCGCUAUCGAGAAACCACUGAUUUUCAAGCACUCGGAAGUGGCCGUUGAUGAAACUAUUAGCAAUACGUUUAGUUUAACACCGGAAUUCGUGGGUCGCGCCACAAUCGCUGUAAAAUUCACCUCUAAGGAGCUAGAUGACGUUGAUGGUUUUCUUGCCUAUGAAAUUAAGCCACGACCGGAGGAUAUACUGAUGAACAGUACUACAAAUGAAAUAAUUGCCCGAACAGAUGUGAUGGACUAAUGUAUUACUAAGAAAAAAAAAGCCUUAGUGUUCAUGAUUGAAUAUAACCAAAAUUAGGCUUAAGUUUUAUUCGUUCUGCGUUUGUUUUUAGAAAUAAUAAUGUUAACAAUUUCAUUUAUUCGUCUGAAUAAAAAUAUUGAAUUCUUUUUUCAAAAA